AUGUUUGCACAAGCCGACGACACCAAGAAUAUUAUAAAUUCAGAAGAUACCACAUUUUCUUAUGACGGCAUAAAACAGUUAAAAUGGUACGAGCAUAUUUUAUAUAACCGGCCGUUGAGGGUUUUCAUUGUUUUCCUACUUGUUGCCGUUUUGGUCCCUGUAACAAUUUAUCAAUUCCACUUCAUACCGAGUGCAGAUUUCCAACUUUCCAUUGGGUCAUGUCUUAUACCCGAAACGGCUCGACUUCCCUGUGGCCCUGGAUUCAUUCCCCAAGACGAAUGUCACGCUCAAUGCUGCUAUGACGUCCAAAGAGGCUUCUGCUUCCAUCGCUUACCUUCUAGAUUCUCAUACAUUUUAGAUAGGCCUUGGUCUCAAUAUCUUAUCUUACACCCUCGAGUUCCUACACUACCUUUCAAUUCUAAAAACCGCCUUAUCAAUUUGAGGCUUUCAAUCAGUGAGGAAUCAGCGACCCAUUUAUCAAUAUACUUCUAUAGCGCCAAAGAAAGGUUUGAGGCUGGUAAGAGGCUAUACAACAAGACGUAUUCCUAUGUAGUAUCUUCUCCCGAAGUAAAUAUACAAGUAAAGGCUCGCCAGGGAACAAUUUUCAGUACAGUACGCGGGCCUUUGAUUGCUUCUGAUGGGAUCUGGGAGGCGACUUUUCAAUUGACCAAUGGGACAAUGUACGGAUUAGGAGAAAUCCCUUUAAGUAGAGGCACUACAAAAAUGAUUUACAGCCAUAAUAAAGACUUUAGUUCGAUUCCGUUAAUAUUUGCCAAAUACAACGGUUCGUAUCACGGACUGUUGAUAGAUACAGUUACUCCAACUGAAGUAACGGUGCAGGGCGAUAAUGAAUUAGUCGUCCGGAGCUUAACAGACACUGGCCUUAAAUUCCAUUUGUUUGUGGGACCUACGCCAAAAGAUAUUAUGAACGAUGCAAUGAGUUUUAUUGGUGCAAAACGGAAGCUCGAAUAUUGGAUGCUGGGAGCGCAUAUUUGUGGAACGUCAGGGAAGGAAUUAAACGAAUUUCUUAGAACGAUGACAUCAACUCAAAUUCCUUUCGAAAGCCAUUGCGGCCAUAGACCAAUUGUUCUAGGGAGUAAUCGCUGUGAGGAUACCGAGGCAAAGUACAUAAAAGACGUCGAAGAUGGAGCUAAUGUAAUAAGACAAGCAAAAAGGCGCUUCGUACCACAUAUUUCGCCGUAUAUAAGAUAUAACGAAAAAGCUAACGCAUCCAAAGCACCCUCGUGUACAAUAUUGCCAGAGUUCGAGCUAUUUAUGUACCGCGAUCCUUAUACGUUUGAAGUAUACAAAGGGCAGGUUAACGAAGGAGAAGUUAUGUAUCCCGCAUAUGAAAUUGUAUCAAACCACUUUCUACGAAGGCUGUGGCCGCUUACAACGAAAUUAGAUGGAAUGUUCAUAGAAAACAAUUGGCCCCUUGACAUAUCAAAUAAGUCGAUUCACGAUCCAUCUUCGUACUUAGCUUAUUUUAGCGAGGAUAUCAAUGCAGCCUUAACAGACACACCCGUCUGGAACAUGACUCUUCUAGAUAGGGAAAAGAAGUAUAUCUUUAAGCACAAUACCUAUGGUCAAGAAUCAAUAAGGGCUAUCAUGAAUAUGUCUGGAGUAGAUUUUCAACCAGCAGUAACUAGCCAAUGGAUGAACGGGGAGGUUUUGAUAAACAGACAAAACAUUGACGCAUCCUGGUAUAAUCUCCACAAGGAGCUAAUUCGGGCCGCUGUAGGUGGAAUAUCGGGUCACUGGCUUUGGUCUUCUCCAAUCUGCGGCGACACUGUAAACUUCGACCCGGCUCGUCAAUCAAACCUUUGCGCUAAAUGGUACAUGGCGUCUACCUACUUUCCCAUGGUCAGAAUCGAAUCUGGUGUCGUUCCACGGGAUCCCAGCGCAUUCAACGGCACAUAUAGAAAUCAGAUGAUAACCGCUUUGAACAGGCGGUUAUCGUUCCUUCCAUACUUCUUCACUGUACUCCAGAAUGGACCGCUUUUGCGCCCAAUGUUUUACCAGUUCCCGGAAGCGGACGCUCUAGAGCAAGUAAAUACACAGUUCAACGUAGGAGAUGGUUUAUUGAUUGUACCAAAUAUACACGUAUAUCAAAGUUACGUACAUGUCACGAUGCCUCCCGGUACCUGGUACGAAUUUUGGGCUGGUGAAAAAGUGAAUGUGACGGAGGGGGAAAUAGCAACGAUACCUACAUUGGAAUCAGAUUUUUUAACGCUUAUUCAUGGAGGAUCUAUCAUAGCGCUUCAAAAUGAUGCAGAACUUACAGCAGAGGCUACGCGAACGGAGUCAUCAUUUUCGUUGAUAAUUGCCCUGGAAUGUUACAACUCGAAAACAAACUGUUCGGCCGCUGGUGACCUGUACCUAUUACCAAGACUUACAUUUCAUUUCAAAGCUACACAUGAAAAGCUCUACAUCACAGCUACUGGCGAUGACUUUACACCGGUGUGUGCUUGGCCUGGAAACGUUAUUAGGGAAGAUGUUAAAGACGUCAAAGUAUUCGGUUUAGACAAUCAAUUCAACAAUUACGACACGUAUAGAUUGAUAGAGGAAUGGAUCGUACUCUGCAACUUAGAAAACAGUGAUAUCAUUGAAUUUGAUCUUGUAUAA